AUGCCGCUGGAGAAAAUCUACGUCACCCGCCACGGGUUCCGCUCCAAUUGGCUUGUCGACCCUGCUACGGGGGCCUACUAUGCAUACAUCCCGUCACCAACAGGCAUCCCCGCCGACCCAACACUCACCUCCCAUGGGGUCAAGCAGUCACGGGAGUUGGCGAGACACCUCAUGACUCUCAAUCCGCCCAUUGACGCAGUGUAUUCAAGUCCCUUCUACCGUUGCCUGGAGACGCUGAAACCAUUUGUCGACCUCGCCGGCCAGGCUCGCAGCCAUGCUGAGUCGGAUCACCCCGCCGGGGGCCUGACGGAGCACCCUCCAGGCGACCGCCAUCCAGGGGAGCACCCGCCGGGGCGUCAGGAGGACUCUCUGCCCCUGUCCUGGCCUGGCGCCAACGUGGCCGCGAAGAUUCGUCCCGAGCAUGGCAUCCAGGAGUGGUUUGGCUCCGCUCCGUUCGACCAUCCCCGGCCAGCCACGACAGCUGUCCUCAAGUCGCUGUUUCCCGCGCUUGACGAGACAUACCAGCCCGCAGUGGUACCCUCGGCGAGGGGCGAGACGUUGGCUGAGCUGCAGCUGCGCGUCGCCGUGGCGCUCAGAGCCAUCAUCGAUAGGUGUGAUGCCGAUGGGACCCGCGCCGUCCUGCUAUGCACCCACGCCGCCGUCGUUAUCGUUUUGGGCCGUAUUCUGACCGGCCAGGCGCCAGCCAGCGUCGAAGAUGAGGAUUUCUACGCCUACACCUUGGAGACCGAAUCGGCGAGUUUCAUCGGGGGCUGGGACUGUGAACGCAACAGUGACUGCAGUUUCCUGAGCGGUGGUGCGGAGAGAGGAUGGAAAUUCGCCGGGGACGAAUCAUUUCCAGGCACAGGGUCCCUGUCCCAAGGCGAGUCCAAACUAUGA